UUGGUUUGGUCGGUAUUUAUGUACGAAACUAAAAAUAAUUGAUUGCUAUUAUCAAUAAAUAGUCCAACCUAAUCAAAAAUGAGUAGUUCUGACUCCGACGAAGAAAAUGUUAUACGAUAUGGUACACCUUUGGAACCGUACGAGGAAGACGAAAUACCUUCCAAGCGAAAGUAUCAGCAGCCGCCAGAUCAGUUUGCGGUGGACGAGCACGGGCGGCGACGUUUCCACGGCGCCUUCACUGGGGGCUUCUCUGCGGGUUUUGGGAACACUGUGGGCAGUGCCGAGGGCUGGGCCCCGGCAACAUUCAAGAGCAGUAGGAGUGAUAAGGCUCAGGUUUCUAAACAACGUCCUGAAGACUUCAUGGACGAUGAAGACCGUGGAGAGCAUGGCAUCGCCCCAAGAGUCAUGGAAACACAGAGUGACUUCUCCGGUAGGAAACGCCAGCAUACAAGAUACCAUGAUGGACCUAUACCAGGCGAGCCAGUACUAGAACAGCUAGUCCGGGCGGUCCACGAGACAGCAGCAGUGCGCAUGCUGCGCGCUAUGGGCUGGAGGCCGGGGCAGGGCACCGGGGAGCGCCUCAGCCGCCGUCAGAAAACCGCCGCCAGUGAGCGUCACAAGGUGUACGGGUGCUACAUGCCUGAGGAGUUGAGACCGACAACAGAGCCUCAGUCAGACAGCUCCGACUCGGAGUUCGAGUACGACACUUUAUUCGCGCCAGACGACUACGAGCCUUAUGUCCUGGCGCGUAAGAGCGACCGCUUCGGACUGGGGUACUCUGGGCUCAGUCGGCAUUCCGUCCUAGGCAGUAUGGCGGGGGAGUACGGACAGGGCAGUAGCUCCAGCCAUCUUGUUAUGAGGGAUAAAGGGAAAAAGGUGUCGAUCCGAGGCCAAGCCUUCGGCGUGGGGGCCUUAGAGAAUGAAGAUGACGAUAUCUACGCCACCGAGGACAUGUCCCACUAUGACUACUCACUGGGAGGACCCGUGGAGCAGAAAAAGAAACCAAAAGGCAAACAAGAGAGUAAUGUUUUGGAAGGUUUCGUCCGCUCCACUCAACCCCUCCCCCCCGUGCCGGCGCACCCGCCCCCCGCGCUGCCGCGGGACUACACCCCCCUGCCCGCCGGCGCUCGAAGGUCCAGGUUCGAGCCCAGUGCUGCACCACAACGGGAUCAAGGACUUGGUCGCCACGAUCUGUCUGCCGAAGCUCGCGGCUCACUCUUGGGCGAAACACCAAUACCGAAAACAAAUAUACCGGAAAAUAAACCGGAUGAACCGCAUAAACCGGAUCCCAUAGCGCAACUCCUAGGCAGAAACGUCAACUUCGUCACAGAUAGCAAAAAUACCACAGAUACAAACACAGAAACAGAUAAAACAGAAGAUUUCAUCUCUAUAAAAGACUCGGGAAAAGAGAUAAAAAAAGUCUUCAAGCCUUUUGUGAGUGAUCCGGCGAAGCAAGCGCGAUACGAGAAGUAUUUGAAAGACAAGGAUAGCGUGCUGGAGAUAGGGGAGAUGGAUAGAUUGACGGCGUGGGAGAGGAAUAGAGAGAUUUCGGAAUUUGAGCAGGCCGCGAAGCUGUAUAAACCGCUUUCUGGGGUUAUGGGGGACAGAUUCACCCACGCCUCGGAGCCGGACGACGCGCUCAACCCCCUCACGGCCGUGGCGCGCAGCGCGGCCGGCCACGGGCUCGCCACGCCCGACCAGCUGGAGGCGGCGCGUAUAGGCGCGUACGGCGUUAUUACACGUCGGGAGGCGCCGUGGCGGCCGGAGGCUAUAGUGUGCAAGCGGUUCAACGUGGCGGAUACACUAGCGAGGCCUGAAUCAAACAAAGGAGAAAAACCAAAAGUGUCAUACUCCAUAUUCAACUAUUUGGAAUCGUCAAUUCACGACAAAGAGAGCUUCGCCAAAGAACAACACACUUUCAGCGGCUCCAAGUCUUUGAACAGAGAAGAGAACAGAAGAGAAGUAAUCAAGAUGAAUAACGAUAAAAAAGUCCUAGAAAAAGAUGUAGAUAAAGUUAAUGUUGAUCCUAAACCUAGUACUAGUACAGAUACUACUUUCAAAAGACUCACAGUGGCUGAAUUGUUUUUAAAAGAAUCGGAAGAACAUUUAAAAAGCAAAGAGAAUGUAGAAGUUACAGAAACUAUUAGUAAGUUUGAUAAAAUGGAUUUGUAUAAAUCUAUUUUUCUCAGUGACAGUGAAAAUGAAGAUGAAACUGCUAAGGAAGAUACUGAUAAACCAUUUAUUGAUGGUGCAAAAACGAAUACUGAUAAGCCUACAUCUAUGUUUGAUAGUGUAAGCGAAUUUAUUGAAGUACCAAAGAAUGUUGAAAGAAAUACUUCUCCACCUAGAGGUAUAUUUGCUAAUAUAGAUUUUGAUGAAAUCAACUCAUGGAAAAGAAACGCUGAGAAAAAAGAAGAAAAAGUUGAAGAUACUAAUAAUAGUAAAACUGAUGAUGAUUCAGUAGUAGAAGCUGAUAUGUAUGGCCCUAAAAUACCAGAUAAUCUAAAGAAAAGACUAGAGGAGACAGAGCGAGAGAGAAUGAUAGAAAAGCCUAUGUUUAGGAGCAAGAGUGAAAGGGAAGCUAUAGAAAUAUCGUCGUCUAGCUCAGAUUCGUGGGUGGAAGCGAGAGAGGUGAAAUCUAAGAAGAAGAAAAAGAAGAAUAAGAAACAGAAGAAGGCUAAGAAGUCUAAACACAAGAAAAAAGACAGAUAAUAUGGAUAAGGGUAAAAAGGUUA